UGUGGGAGGACCACAAUCACAACUGCCCAGGGAGGGGAAGGCAGAGGUUGCAACUGUCGGCGGCCCCCAGUCUGCGGGGAGGAGGAAGUAGGAAGAGGGUGGCAGCCGAGUUUGACUUCGGCUCCUUUGGCGGCGCGACCCAGGAACCAGCAUUGACUUCAGGGAGGAUUAUUUGAGCAAAUAGUCUUCCAUCAUAGAGAUGUCCAGCUCACUGCUGUCCAAGAAACGUCGAAUAUCUGGACCUGAUUCAAAGCUGGGUUCUAACUGCUCUCCUACCUACUCUGUGAGGUUUGAAGUGCCCCCAGGACCAACAAACGGAAUGCCAAAAAACAGUGAAACAGACAUAGAUGAAGGUCUUUACUCCCGUCAGCUGUAUGUAUUGGGUCAUGAAGCAAUGAAGCAUCUCCAGACAUCCAGUGUGUUAGUAUCAGGCCUACAGGGCCUAGGUGUGGAAAUUGCCAAGAAUAUCAUCCUUGGUGGGGUCAAGGCUGUCACCCUUCAUGACCAGGACACUGCUCAAUGGGCUGAUCUCUCCUCUCAGUUCUACCUGCAUGAGGAGGAUAUUGGUAAAAAUCGAGCUGAGGUAUCUGAACCCCGACUUGCUGAACUUAAUAGCUAUGUGCCUGUCAGCACCUACACUGGACCCCUUGUUGAGGACUUCCUUAGUGAUUUUCAAGUAGUGGUCCUUACCAACACUUCUUUGGAGUACCAGUUGCAGGUGGGUGAGGUCUGUCACAGCCGUGGAAUCAAGCUGGUGGUGGCAGACACUCGAGGACUGUUUGGGCAACUUUUCUGUGACUUUGGAGAGGAAAUGAUUCUUACAGAUUCCAAUGGGGAACAACCACUUAGUGCUAUGGUUUCCAUGGUUACCAAGGAUAGCCCUGGAGUUGUUACCUGCCUGGAUGAGGCCCGUCAUGGAUUUGAGAGUGGCGACUUUGUCUCUUUCACAGAAGUACAGGGCAUGAGUGAACUCAAUGACAUCCACCCCAUAGAGAUCAAAGUCUUGGGUCCCUAUACCUUUAGUAUCUGUGAUACUUCCAGCUUCUCUGACUAUAUCCGUGGAGGCAUUGUCCAUCAAGUCAAAGUGUCCAAGAAGAUUAGUUUUAAAUCCUUGUUAGCCUCACUGGCAGAGCCAGACUUUGUGAUAACAGACUUUGCUAAGUGUUCUCGUCCUGCUCAACUGCACAUUGGUUUCCAGGCCCUACAUCAGUUCUGUGCACAAUAUAGCCGACCUCCUCGACCCCACAAUGAGGAGGAUGCAGCAAAACUUGUGACCUUAGCACAAAUUGUGAAUGCUCAAGCCCUGCCUGCAGUCCAGCAGGACAAUCUUGAUGAAGACCUCAUCCGGAAGUUGGCAUAUGUGGCUGCUGGGAAUCUGGCACCCAUAAAUGCAUUUAUUGGGGGAUUGGCUGCCCAAGAGGUCAUGAAGGCCUGUUCUGGGAAGUUUAUGCCCAUUAGGCAGUGGCUGUACUUCGAUGCUCUUGAGUGUCUCCCUGAAAACAGAGUGACCUUCAUGGAAGAAAAAUGCCUCCCGCGCCAAAAUCGUUAUGAUGGGCAAGUGGCUGUGUUUGGCUCAGACCUACAAGAGAAACUGGGCAAGCAAAAGUAUUUUCUGGUAGGUGCAGGUGCCAUUGGCUGUGAGCUGCUCAAGAACUUUGCUAUGAUUGGUCUAGGCUGUGGGGAAGAUGGUGAAAUAACAGUUACAGACAUGGACACCAUUGAAAAGUCUAAUUUAAACCGACAAUUUCUCUUCCGCCCAUGGGAUGUCACGAAAUUAAAGUCUGACACAGCUGCUGCAGCUGUGCGUCAAAUAAAUCCAAACAUUAGGGUGAUUAGCCAUCAGAACCGUGUGGGCCCUGACACAGAGCACAUUUAUGAUGAUGACUUCUUUCAAAACUUGGAUGGUGUGGCCAAUGCCUUGGACAAUGUGGAUGCCCGCUUGUACAUGGACCGCCGCUGUGUAUAUUACCAUAAGCCAUUGUUGGAAUCAGGCACACUGGGCACCAAGGGCAAUGUGCAGGUGGUUAUUCCCUUCCUUACAGAGUCAUACAGCUCUAGCCAAGACCCACCUGAGAAGUCCAUUCCCAUUUGUACCUUGAAGAACUUCCCCAAUGCCAUUGAGCAUACCCUACAGUGGGCCCGGGAUGAGUUUGAAGGCCUGUUCAAACAGCCAGCAGAAAAUGUCAACCAGUACCUCAUAGACCCCAAGUUUGUAGAGAGAACACUGCGGCUAGCAGGUACCCAGCCUUUGGAGGUCCUGGAGGCUGUGCAUCGCAGCCUAGUGCUACAGCGGCCACAGAUCUGGGCUGACUGUGUGAUUUGGGCCUACCGCCACUGGCACAAUCAGUAUUCUGACAAUAUCCAGCAGUUGCUGCACAACUUCCCUCCCAGUCAGCUCACAAGCUCCGGAGCAUUGUUCUGGUCGGGGCCCAAACGCUGCCCUCAUCCGCUUAUCUUUGAUGUCAACAAUUCUCUCCAUCUGGACUAUGUGAUGGCUGCUGCCAACCUGUUUGCCCAGACAUAUGGUCUGGCAGGAUCUCAGGACCGAGUUGCAGUGACCUCACUCCUGCAGUCCCUUCCAGUCCCCAAGUUUACUCCCAAAUCUGGCAUUAAAAUCCAUGUUUCUGACCAAGAGCUGCAGAGUGCUAGUUCCUCUGUUGAUGACAACCACCUGGAAGAACUCAAGGCCACAAUCCCCAGCCCAGACAAACUCCCUGGAUUCAAGAUGUAUCCCAUUGACUUUGAAAAGGAUGAUGACAGUAAUUUCCAUAUGGAUUUUAUUGUGGCUGCAUCUAACUUGCGAGCAGAGAACUAUGAUAUUUCCCCUGCAGACCGACAUAAGAGCAAGCUUAUUGCAGGGAAGAUCAUCCCAGCCAUUGCAACAACCACAGCAGCUAUAGUUGGCCUUGUGUGUCUGGAGCUUUACAAGGUGGUGCAGGGACACCAGCAGCUUGAGUCCUAUAAGAACAGUUUCAUCAACUUAGCCCUGCCCUUCUUCAGCUUCUCUGAGCCCCUUGCACCACCCCAUCAUCAGUACUAUAACCAUGAGUGGACAUUGUGGGAUCGCUUUGAUGUACAAGGUCUACAGUCUAAUGGGGAGGAGAUGACCCUCAAGCAGUUCCUAGAUCACUUUAAGACAGAGCACAAAUUGGAGAUCACCAUGCUGUCCCAGGGAGUGUCCAUGCUCUAUUCAUUUUUUAUGCCGUCAGCCAAACUUAAGGAACGAUUGGAUCAACCGAUGACAGAGAUUGUGAGCCAUGUGUCAAAGCGAAAACUGGGCCGCCAUGUGCGCACCCUGGUUCUUGAGCUGUGUUGCAACAAUGAGAGUGGAGAAGACAUUGAGGUCCCUUACGUACGAUACAUCAUCCGCUGAUUCCUGGUUACCCCAUUACUCCAAUCUCACCAGUCUAUUUCAAAAUCUCUAAUUUUGAUAAAGACUGAGCCUUACUAGGCUCAUGUCUUACUUGUUUCUAAGAACU